AUGGCAGCUCAAAAAGACGAAGAAAAACGGAGCGUUGAAGGCCAAGAACAAAAACUUCACGAUGACAACGACGACGACCAUCAUUAUCACAAGCUGCUGUCCUCGUACCUCGGCAUCAGCUUCGCAUUCUUCCUCGGGUCCCUCCCCAGAAGCUCAAUCGCACUAAUCUCGAACCUCCAGGCCAAGAACAAAGCCCUGGCCUCGAAGCUCAUGCGGGCGGAGGAGCAGCUGGGCGAGCUGCUCUCGAGGCGGAAGGAGGACUCGAAGGCCAACGCUAGGGUUGUCGAGAUCUUCGCGAGCCACCGGCACUCGUGGCAGCAGGAGGAGAAGCGGCUGCUGCUCCAGAUCGACGAGUGCGGCGAGGAGAUUGCGUAUCUGAAAGGGAAAAUCGAGGAAUUCGAGGGCUUGGAGGCCGAUUUGAAGGCGAGGGUAGAGGAUUUGAGGAGGGAGGUCGGCGAGAGGGAUGAGAUGUUAAAUUUCAUGAGCAGAGAAACUCACCCAUCAAAACUUAAACUUCCCUCACUUAAGAUCACAAAUGUCAAACCCAUGAUCACAACAAACAACUACUCCUCCUUAAUAACCACCACUUUUGAUCCCAUCAAGAAACUCCUCACAAUCAACCCUCAAACCAUUGACCACACACAACACAUCACCAAGAAGACGAAGGCCGACGAAAACCGACCGUCCCUCGCGAACCGCAUCCUCAACGCGCUCGACGACUUCGUAAACUCCAACAUCGACAUACCUUUCCACCCUUCGAUCGACCCGAAAACCGUCCUCUCGGACAAUUUCGCCCCCGUGGACGAGCUCCCCCCCACGGCAUGCACGGUUGUUGAGGGCUCACUCCCUCGUUGCCUCGAUGGUGUUGGAUAA